AACAACAACAACAACAAUGACAAGAACUCCGGCACCUUGGUCAUCGAAGAGUGCAUCAAGCGUUGCGAAAAGGAUGCCAUCCGCGCCAGUCUCGAGCUGAUGACGCUGAGGGAGUGCUUGGGCGUUACCGUUGAUCGCAGGACUACCGUCGACAACUGCUUGUGGUUCGUUGGUCCCCGCGGCGAGAAGUUGCCGGUUUUGGAUCUGGGUGUUGUUGUUGACCUGACUGGUCUUCUUGGCGAGGGCGGCGAGGGCGAGGGUGUCGAGAGCGCGGUUAGAAACGUCGAGGAGGUUGCUGGUGACGCCGCUGCUCAGUAG